AUGCGUGCAAUCUUCUACGUUCUUAUCAUUUCUUUUCUCAUAGCAGUUGUUUCAUCAUUUCCUACCGGUGCUGGCACAUGUCUCUCGAAUCAAACGCUUAUCGAAAGUGUUGCAAAAUCGCCUAUGGGCAAACUCAACGCACUGGGCUAUAAUUUUACACUUAAUUUAAAGAAUAGCCAUUACGUUCCAGGUGGUAAAGCUGUUCUUACUAUUACUGGCAAAAUACCUUUCAAGGGUCUUUUAUUAUAUGCUUUGGACAUUAAAAAAAAUCAUGUUGGUUCGUGGACUGUUCCGAAGGAUUACAAAUUAUUGAAUUUAACAGAUUGUGUCGGUGAUCCAAAUGCAACUCUUACACAUAAUUCUCCAGCUUUAAAGCCGGUCGGUUCUAAAUUCGUUUGGAAAGCACCAACUAAUGAUGUUGGGCCAAUCAGUUUUGUUGGUUCAGUCGUCGCUAAUCAUGUGAAGGGCUUCCAAAUUGUAAAGUCACAAAGCUUUGCAGUUGCCGGAAGCAAUUUCACUGAUCCAGCAAACACUGCGCCAACAAAUACUGCCAUAACAAAUCCUUACGCUAACACCAUUCAACCUUCUGCACCUACCGAUUCACCUACCAGUAAUGGUGGAGAUUCAACUACCAGUAAUAGCAGUGAUCCAAGUAGUCCUAAUAGUGCUUCUAUACCAACAUCCCUAUCUGAUGCUUCUUCUUUAAUGAGUGGAACUUCGUUGUUGGCAAAAUUAAGCUUUGUUGCCGCUUUAGUAAUUUUAUAUGCCUAA